AUCACCAACCCAACUAUACACACUUUUGUUAGUUGGGGUUAGGUUUAUUUUUAUCCACUAAACUUAGCCGAGCAACUGAUAUAAUUCAGCAGCCAUUGAUUGUUGAAUUCAUCAGAUUGCCAAGCUUCCGCUCUCGUACUCCCAUCGUCUAACUAGAGAUGAGCGCUCUUCUUCCCCAUACGAGACAUGGCCUGCCCAUAGCAAUGGCUUCUUUGAAGACCAGCUUCCUUCUGGGAAGAGUCCUCGCACUAGUGCAGCGACCCUUCUUCCUGUAUGCCAUCUCUUGGUCUGCCCUCCUGACCACCGUCGUCUUGCUGGUCUCUUUCGCGCCAGAACUUGCUUUCGUCAACGCGGUGUCUCCGUCUUCCGGUUUCUCUAAAGCAUGCAACACUGGCAGUAUGAGUGCCUCCGGCCCAAACGGAGCAAGUUUCCGGCUGCCGAUGGAAGAUGCCGGCGAUGUUCUUUGUGUUUCAGCGAACCUUGUCCGACGGUCUCGGCUGGAUUUCGUGGUGCCGCCUUUGUUUGCUGCAUUGGUGGUGGCAGGGUCAGCUGGCUUCGUACAUGCAAUGGGUCUCUGCAGGGAGCCGCAGUGAUUCCCUCUCUCCCUCUCUCUAGGUGGGCUUAUAUCAAUUGUUUAUGUUUUGAUUACUGACAAUAAGCCAAAACAAACAGUGGGAAAGAGAAAUCGUUUAAAGAUGCUGCUGAUAUGUUUGUCCCACCACCAUCUUUUUGUUUGCUUAGGAAAUCGGAAAUACUCAGAAAAGAUGUAGAAUGGGAAUCGAAAUUUGCACUGUAAAUCCAACGCAGCCUUCCAAUCUUGGCUCCUACGAGCGUCUGAGUAACUCAGGAAUUUCAGUCACCAUCUUCUUGUAAAUUUUUGG